AUGAGUGGGUCUUUCUCGUUGAGCUUCUGGCGGAGCCUCGCCGCCUCCGUCUCGAGUUUCGAAACCCGCGACGCAAUUGCCAUGGAAGUAAUCUUGCGGGCCAGAUCCAGCUGGUCAUACAGGUCCGUGGAUUCCGGCGAGAUCGUGAAGAUUCGUGAAGGCGAGGUCAUGAAGAGUGAGGUGGAACUUCCCGGACGGUGUUCGGUCGUGAAGAGUGAAGGCGAGGUCGAGGUCGUCGAGGUCGUGAGGUCGGGCGUGAGGUCGGGUCGAGGUCGUGAGGUCGUUCGGACGAGCUCGAAGUCUUGA